CUUACCUUAGAAGAACUGAAAUGUCUUGACAAGAUCUGGCACAAACAAUGUUUCAAAUGCCAAGUGUGCAAUAUGACUCUCAACAUGAGAAACUACAAGGGAUUCAACAAGGAUCCAUACUGCGAAGCACACAUUCCAAAGGCAAAAGCAACGACAGUAGCUGAAACACCCGAAUUGAAAAGGAUCGCUGAAAAUACGAAAAUUCAAUCAAAUGUUAUGUAUCACGCAGAGUUUGAAAAAACAAAAGGCAAAUUAACACAAGUCGCCGACGAUCCAGAAACGUUGAGAAUCAAGCAAAAUUCAAAAAUCAUCAGCAAUGUUGCUUAUCAUGGAGAUCUACAGAAGAAAGCAGCCAUGGAACAGAAGAGAAACAUGAAUGAGAAUGGUGAUUUUAAGCCAAGUAUGUCUAUUCAUCCAGCUAAUUAUCUUGGCAAAUAUUUGAAUUGCUCGAAUGAUAGAUUUUUAUUGGUGAUUUCUUUCGCAGUUAAUACUCCUCAAGGACGACGCAUUGGUUCGAUAGCAGACUUGGACCCAGUUAACGAUUUCUAUGGCUCGCUGGGUUCAGAAUACAACCAAGGUGGUGCUCCUGCUCCCUCUGCAAAUCAUACGCGGACUUCAGGGCGCGUGUACCGAGCAAUGUACGACUAUGAAGCACAGGACAGAGACGAGGUGUCCUUCCUGGACGGUGACCUGAUAGUGAACUGUACGCCGAUCGAUGAGGGCUGGAUGACUGGUACCGUCCAGCGAACUGGCCAGACAGGAAUGUUGCCAGCUAACUAUGUCCAGCAAGCCAUCUAAAUCAUCCUCUGUUUAACAAACAUACUCUGCUUCAGACUCCAUCCGUCAACAUGGCUGCUUUAAUUUACAUAAUUAACCAAAAUAUAAAACUUUCUUUUGAGCCUCUAAUGCUAUGAAUGUUGGAAGGAUGCUUAAUUUUAGGUUGAACAUUUCUAUUAAAGCUAUACGUAGCUUUAAAAGCUUACUCGUGGUUGUGAACAAAGAAUAAGAAUGUGUUAAUCUUCGAGUUCAACUAGAUUGUUAUUAUAUUCUCAAUUUUAAUAAUAGUAGUAAUAUUUAACGAUCAAUCAACAGUUUGAUCAAAUUAGGUUAAUAUGUGCAAAUAUCCCUUCCACUGCUAGGAAUCGAUUAUAAUUUAGACCCUUUAAUGAAUAGUGUUUAUUAAAAAUCUUUAAAGUUCGAUAAUAGUUGAAUGUUUGCACGGGUCUAAAAGGAAUCUGAUAAAAGCUGUCAAAGACUUUUGACCGUGCAAUAGUCCCCUUAACAACUCAGGCAACGAGGCUUUCCGCAAAUAACAAUAUUUUCCAUAUUUUAUGAUAGCUUAAUAAUCUGUUUUAUUAUAUUUUUAAUAGGAAUUACAAAGUUUUUAAAUACUAAUGUCGUUCUACUACUUGACAUUAGUUUCAAUAUUUUUUAAUUCUUCGAAAAUAUGUUUGUGCUGAUCAGAAUGUUUAACUUAUUCAAUAUAAAGAAAGCUAGUAAGGUUAACUAAGAGUUUUCUCCUUUGAUUUAAAAAAAUCAAAUAUAAAAUUAUUUAUUCCAUCGUAAUUAUUUGUGGAUAUUUCUGGUACAUUAGUCAAUUACGAUAAUUGUCAAUAAAUAUUUCUAUCUGUCCAGUAUUCGUACUUUAUUAAUUUCCAUGGUUACUAGCAUUGGAAGGGGGAAUAAUUUGAUGUUGUAUGGUGUAUGUAUAUUACUAUUUACUUUUAGCGUUACCGUAUGUUAAAUUAUUUUUUCCAUAUGUUUUUGGGAGUAUAUUGCUUUGUAACAUCUGACUUGAAUCUUAAUUAUUUACAAACAGCAGCUUAAAUCGACAGCUAUGCUAUAAAAUACAUAAUAUAUUCCAUCCUAAAAAAAUUCAGUCAUCCUAACUCAAUUUUCUGUGAAGUUUUUUCAACAGGAUACUAAAAUAAUAUUAUUAUUUUUUCUACAUUUCAUUAAUAUUUUUACUUAUAUAGGAGAAAAUUGUUCAGAAUAUCUUAAGAGUCUUAGGUCUGGUUUUUAGUUAGUUUUAACUCUAUUUUAGCCCUUUUAAACUGCCUUAUAUCUUAUUAUUAGGGAUUUUUUUUCAUAUGUAACAAAAAUAGCUUUUCCUCCAUACAUAUUCUUGAUGAGAUAUUUUGAAACAAAUGUACCGAUAUCUAUAGAAUAUGUGUUAGAUUAUAAGAGUAGCUCAGUAUGGGAUAAUUCAAGCUUUCAAAUUAAUAAUAUUCAUUUCAUUUUCGAGAAAAUCAACUUUUAGUACAGUAUAAUAAUUAUUGCAUAAAUGCUGGUUAGGUUAACACUGAUUGUCAUUGUUGCCUUGCUAUUACAUGAUUUAUUCCAUAUCAACAAGUGUAAUAAUAGUUUAUUUGCAAGUUAGUAUAGCUUUUUCAUUUUAUAAGAAUAGACAUUUUCAUGUAAAAUCAAAAUAAUUUAAUGGUAUCACUGCAGAAUAUUCUCCCUCAUAAAAGGUUAUUGGCUAGAAGUAUCCUUUAUUAUGAAUAAUAAUUUUCAUAAUAGCAUUUUGUCGAUUGAGAUAUAUACUAGAUUUUUCUGAUUUGAAUGUUUUAUCCUUCAAAAAUUCGAUUUUUUAUUCUAACAGGAAUUUUUCAUUUGGAUAUUUCUUGUUUUGAAUGUUUUAUCUGUCAAAAAAUCGAUUUUUCAUUCUAACAGUAAUUUUCCAUUUGGAUCUUUUGAGAUCUCAUUCAAUUAACGUCAUAAAAUUCAUUCAAUAAAAGUUUAAAACUCAACUCAACAACUUGAAUGAAAUAUGACUAUUAUUUGGAUUUUUUUACUUUUCCUUCAGAUAAAUUUAUGUAUGUGCUACGUUUUUGAUAGUUUUCUCAAUAUCCAAUUCGUGUUGAGCAUUUGAAACUCUUGUCACUUUUUGGUAGAAUUUAAUAUGGUGUAAAAUCCACUUUUUUAGGUGUGUGGAGAUUGUUAUUUACUCAUUUUUAAAUAAAUAUUUCAUACCUUCAUUCAUCACAAUUCAUUAAAUUUUGUGUUUUCCUUCCCAAAUAGACAUUCUGCCACCAUUGAUACUAAUUCGCUUAUAUGUAACUGUAACGUGAUUUAUUAAACUUUUUCUAUUCAUAGCCUUUUAUAGCUUAUGAAUCAAUUCAUAAUGAAAGCUCAGUAACUAAGAAAUAAUUCAUAUUAAACGGUCUGUUUAGUAUCCUAUAAAAGACUGUUACAUAUUUAUUGGUCGCAGAUGAUAACCCCAUAUUACUAUUCAAAAUAAACUUGGAGUGUCAAUUUAGAAAUUUUUCAACAGUCUAAGUAAAUUACUAAUAAUUGUAAUCGCUUCUAUGUAAUAACUUUUUAUACUUCUGUGUUUUUGGUUUAAAAGUUUUUUGUUUGUUUUUGUAAAUACAUUUUAAAGAAAAUUCUUGCAAAAUCUAAAAUUAAAUAGAUGAUUCUUGUGUUAGAACUGUAACACUUGAAGAGAUAGUUGUUAAGUGAAUUCAAUUAGGUUAAGAAUAAUUGUAAAUAUACAUUUUCAUAGUAGCCUAACAGAAGUAAACUCGAUCUUUUAUAAAACUGCUUACUUGAAUAUAUUGAUAUAAUUUUAGCAUUUAAAUAUUAUAGAGUCAUUAAUGAUAGCUCAAUGAAAUCUAUUUUUAUAUGUUGAGUCCAUGCAAUAUAUAUUCGGUCCAGUUUACUAUGAUUUAGAUUAUCUUGCCGUAUUCAAAUUAAGUUAGUUAAGGGGACUUAACUACUGUUUGAAAGAUUAAACAAUUCUUUUUUAUCAUGUGUAAGGAUUUUAGAGUAAUAUUAGGGUUGGGUUUACAUUACUAUUUAACCAUAUUCCGAAAAGUAUAGUUAAAUACUUGCUCAUCUAUUUUUACUGUAUUGAAAUUUGUUUGUAGCAAUUUUAAGAACAAUAUAAUAUUGCAUCCCAGAUUACUUCCAGCUUUGUGACCUGUCUUAACAUUUUCCAAUAGGUGAUAAAAUUGAGUCUCGGUAUCAAAUCUAUCAAAAUUUAUAAUCAAAAGUUUUUUCACUCACCGAAUUCCCAAUAUCAUCUUCCACAAGAUUCAUUCUAAAUUAUUGUAUGUGCUGAAGAAAUCCAUUCAAAUCGCUACUUUCGCAGCAGUAAGUCUUUUAAUUGAAUAGUGUUUCUGUACAUAAUAGCUUUUUUUUGAAAUUUAUUCCAGUUUGUGUUUGGUCCAAAUUUCCUUCGGAAUCUAUACUUCAGAACUAUAUUGACUUAUGUACAUAUUUUUAAUAGAAUAUUACUCAUUCUUAUUCUAUCAAUAUAGAUUUAUUGAACAAACCAUUGUAACCUACUUCCUAUCUAUGUCCAUUAAUAUUAGUAUUAUUUUAUAACAUGCUAUUUAAUCUUAUUAGAAAUCCAUCUAUAAAAAAAGAAUAAGUUUUCUGUAAGUUCCAAUCUAAUAACAUUCCAAGAUAUAUUAAAUUAUAUUAUCAUGGAUUUGAGUCUAAAUAAUCCGGGAAGUUUUCCAUUAAUUCACUGGUUUUUGCCCUUUAUGGCUGAGAUUCAUGUUAAAAACCCGAUUAAUCAGAUUGCUCUAUUUAAAAAUAGGUUUGAAUCAAAUCUCGUGUUUUGCCAUAACUAAGAACUGAUAUGAAACAUUCCAUUAUUUUGAUCGUUCAAUUUUUUCUAUAUUCCAGGCAUGUUAUUCUAUAUGAAACAUUCCAUUAUUUUGAUCGUUCAAUUUUUUCUAUAUUCCCAGGCAUGUUAUUCUAUUUAGACAUUAUUUUAAAGGAUUCAAUGUUUUUAUUGAUAUUUGAUAUCCUGUUAUGUGAACCGUAUUCAGAGUUAAUUUUGAAUGAAUUACAUCUCCAUAUUAUAUAGAAGAAGAAAAAGAUGUUAGAAGAUAGAACCAUAUAAUUAUAAAUUGUGUGUUCCAAAUAGAUUUUCAACCUUCAACUUGCCCUAAUAAUGAUGAUAGUAAUUAUAUCACGUUUUGCAAAAUGUAAAUAUUAUUGUAACCCGGAAGAUAUUUCCUAUUACUGUAGAUGUGUCUGUUGGAAAUUCAAUUAAUUAAUUAAAUCAAUUAAUAAUUCAAUUAAUAUUACUAGUAGAUUAACGAUAAAUAAUUAUUAUUCUCGUACUGCACUUCUGUGUCUUCCCCCAGUGCCUUAAAAUAUAGCCUACUUAUUUAUUAUUGAACUAUUUGGUGGAAAUACUACUACUUGACUAUGACAUUUGACAUUUCUCGAUGUUAUUCAAAUAUAAAAGUAUUUCUGUGUGAUUGAUGUUCAAUAAAUUAUCAUAAUGUUAUGUAAUAUUUUGAUACUAUUGUUACUAUCCUAUAAUAGUUUAAUUAUUCAUAUUGAAAUAGUUGAUGUUUCUAAACGUUUUCAUUACUCGAAGUUACUAUUUAUCUUUAUAAAGUUAUUGGUGUAAUUUAUCUUCAUCAAAAUAUGCGUAUAUGAAUGAAACUAAAGAACAAGGAAAGUGUGUUCUAUGUGAGGACGAUUUUCAUGUUGUUGAAAAUGCUUUGAAACUCACUAUUUGUCUUUUAUUGCUAUACAUUUAUCUGAAAUAAUGUUGUUCAUUUCAAUAAUCGUUAUAUUUUUUCUUCAAUAAAAUCAAAUACUGCAAUUUAUUUUACUGUAAAAUAAUUAAUAAAAACUCUUGUAUAAAAA